AUGGUUGAGGCUUUCAACCACCUGCAUGCUGGACUUCAGAUGCCAGAGGGUGCCUGGUGCUCCUGCGGCACAGCUGUCUCGUGGGACAGCGAUCACAGGCAAGUUCUCAGCUCCCUCCUGCCUUGGGUUCCGGCCGGUGCUCUUGCCAAAACGGCGGUAUCUCCCCCGUGGACCCAACCAAAAUCACCUUCCAAGUGUCUUCACAAAGAUUUUUGGCCCAGGAGACCUUGUACCUGCCUCCACUGCGGCAUCCUCAGCCUGGGGCGCUGGAGCUCAGGCGGCCCCGCGCAGCCCCCCAGCGGAGCGCGCUCCAGGAGCCCCGCGCAGCCGCGGCCGCCGCUCGGGCUGCGGUGGGGAAGCCCUGCCAACCCCCGGCCCGGCUGCAGUGACCUCGGCUUCGAGGACCCAACCCCCGGCCCUGCCGGAGCGAGGGUGGCCGUGACCCCAAGGGCAACGUACAGCGCCAUCUUUCCCGUCUUCAGCCGCAUCUCCCGGGAAGUGGGCCCGGAGACCGUCGACCACGGAUACGCGCCCACCGCGCUGGGGGCGCUGCCUACACCUAGGAGACGCUCGGGCCACGCAGAGUUCAGGGGCCGCCCGCAGCCCCGCCCCCCGGGCCUGCGCCCGCCCCGUCCUUCCUCCCGCCGGCCUCCUGGCGCCCUCUGGACGCCUAGCGGUGGCUCAGGCGGACGGCCAGGGUCUCGGGACACCUGCCCGCCUCCAUCGCCUGCCGCCCGUGGGGAGGAGGGCGCCGUGCGUGGGCCCAGCAACUGGCUCAAGGGCCUGACCGCCGUGGGCGUCAACUUCACCACCUUCGACCUCGUGCAGCUGGUGCUGAGGCAUCUGCAGACCAGCCGCUGUUGA